ACCCGGUAAUUCUAGUGAACAAGAAGAAAUAAGUUCUAACCCUGGAAAUAAUUAUCAAAACGAAAAUGAGACGGUUGACCAAUCUCCGUCUCCAGCGUUAACACCGACUGACGUUGACAUUCCCUUUAUAAAUCCCAUUUCUUUUUUGAACACUAUGCACCAAAAGUUAAAAACGACCGCACCACCCGUGUACUCUUUCACCCACGAUUCUGAGACUGGUCAAUUUUAUUGUCAGGUUCAUUUCUGUGGCCAAACCUAUCAAAAUCAACUUGCGAGACCUAAAAAGCAGGCCGCGAAGGAAGAGGUAGCUAGCAUUGCCAUGAGAGAUCUUUCCCAAAGGAUGCCGGAUAUCACCACUCCGAUUCGCACAGAGUUGGUUCGCGCUCAUAUUGCCUCCUCGCAGAAAACAAAGCAUGGGAAGAAACCUGUUCGUGCACCACACCCGCUUGAGCUUAUACCAAAGUCGGUUCAAUGGUAUAACAAGCAGAUGUCUGGCGAACCGAAGAGACCUUGUGUCUUGCUUUUGGAAUUUUGCCAAAUGCACCGGCUCGGUCAUCCCGUCUACGAAAUGAGAGAUGAUGGAAGAGGGAAUUACUUAUUCGAUUGCACGGUGACAAGCCGUGUUUUUACUCCUGAAUUGGCAUUUUGGCAAAAAAAUGACGCCAAAGAUCACGUCUCUUCAAUAGCUUUUAAUGUUCUUUAUCAAGAGUACUGUGAACGCGAAGCUAUGGAAAUACAAUACAAACACGGUCAACUACCACCUCACAUUCAACUUCAGCUGCCACCUCACAACCAACCACCGCCGUACGGUAAUGCUAUGCCAUUAUAUCCCCCAGCUGAUGGUGGAUAUAAUAUGCCUUAUGUGAUGCCAAAUCAUGCUUUUGCGAAUAAUGGCAAUAAU